GCUGCGGCUGUUACUCAGUAAUCCUCAGGGAAGUUUUGUCACGUUUUAAGGGAGGAGCUUGUGUCGGACCUUGUGACUUUUAUUUUAGAGACUUCACUCCUGGACAGUAAAAGUGGAAAUAAAUGUCGGAGGCACAACGGGGAUGACUUGACAUUAUCAAGAUCCAAACGGAGAGAAUUCUGGACUAUGCGGGAGGAGCUGCGAACCUGACAGAGCCGUGCAUUCAGCUCAUUCUGCUUCUCCAUGCAGCCGAUGAUCAGCGUCUGGGUGCGGGACCCGCGCAUGAGAAAGAACGACUUCUGGCAUGCCUACAUAGACUAUGAAAUCUGCCUGCACACCAACAGUGUGUUCUUCAACAAGAAGGUUUCAAGUGUGAGGAGGAGGUACAGUGAGUUCGUGUGGCUCAGACAGAAACUACAAGAAAACGCGCUGCUGAUGAUUCAAGUACCGAAGCUCCCCCCGAAGAACCCGUUCUUCAGCAUGAACAACGCCCAACAGGUCACCGAGCGCAUGACGGGGCUGCAGAGGUUUUUGGAGCAGAUCCUCCUCAGCCCCCUGCUGAUGUCCGACAGCUGUUUGCACCUUUUCCUGCAGUCGACGCUCAGCGUUCCCAAGAUGGAGGCGUGCGCCGCCGGAAAGACCAACUACUCCGUGGCUCAAGCCGUUCAGAGCUGCGGCCUGAGGCGCUUCCACUCCGAGGAGGCGCUGGACGGGGAGGAACCGGGCGCGUCCGGUGACUCGGACUCAGACAGGUAGCGCAGCCUUUCAUCGCACGCAACAUUCCGCUGUUUCCCAGAAGUCUGAACACGCCUCUGCUCCCUGUCUCGUCUUG